AUGAACGUGGUGCGCGAGAUCAGCCGCAUCAAUCAAACCGAACUCGACAUUGCCAUCAAGAACCCUUCCGCUUCGUGGCACCAACAGUACAGCGACUCGGCGUACAUCUUUAUCGGUGGUCUCCCCUACGAUCUCACCGAAGGCGAUGUCAUAACUAUUUUCUCGCAGUACGGGGAGGUGGUAGAUGUCAACCUGCCCCGUGCUAAUAACCCCAAUUCGAGCGACAAGGGUGAUGGUGCUGCGUCUUCUUCUCAACAGCAACAGCAGCAGCAGUCGAAACCCGUGGGCAAGGGCAAGCAUCGAGGAUUCGGCUUUCUGAUGUACGAAGAUCAGAGGUCGACCGUGUUAGCGGUGGACAACUUGAAUGGAGCACAGGUGCUGGGCAGGACGCUGAGGGUCGAUCAUGUGGCGAGCUACAAGCAGCCCAAAGUGACGGAUGAAGAGGGGCAUAGGGUCGAUGCUGAUGUCAAGAGCUUCAAUGCUGCUCCGACUGAAAUGGGGUUAGGAGGUCGAGAUGCAGCAGACGACGACGAUGAAAAUGAUGCAGACUUGGAAGAUCCUAUGUCGUCCUACUUCCAACAGCGCAAGCGCGAGGACAAGGGCAGAUCCAAACAUACAGACCACUUGGACGAGCAUGAACGAGAGGAGAAACGGCGCAGAAAGGAGGAACGCGCAAGGAUUCGAGCCGAGAGAGAAGAGAGGCGCAAACACUCAAAGGGCGAAAUCACCUCGUCUUCUGAUCGACAUCGACGCAGUACCAGCCAUCGUGAUGAUGAUAGAGAUCACGACCAAGACCGCAAACGCCAUCGAUCGCACCGGCAUCGUCAUGAACGCGAUGACGAGGACCAAGACAAGGGCGUCAACCGCUACGAACAGAUGAAAAAGUCCCGCAGCGUGCUGGAUACGGACAGGUCGGAUAGAUACACCUCAUCUCGCCCACGUUCACGUUCGCAUACGCCACCACCAGCGCUUUCCUCUCGCCAUGGAUCAGAACUUGACAGCCGAGGUGAUGAUGGUCGUCGCGAUGUGGACGAACGUUCAAGGCGCGACAGCUACGCUCUGUCUUCUUCGCAUCAUCGCAGCAAUUACGCUCGACGCCGGUCUCGGUCCCCCGCUCUGUGA